UAUUACAGAUUAUAUGAUUUUUACCUGUUUGAAAGAGAAUGUAUGAUUUUGCACACUGUUAGAAGUGUUCGGCUUCUUAGACAUUUUAGCUGAAACCGUUAUUUAUUAGAGAUUAAAUCUCAGCUCUGACCCUGAGGAAUAGGUCAGUCAUUUACUCCCGGAGGUCCAGUCGGAGGUCCAGUCACAUUUACUCCCAGAGGUCCAGUCACAUUUACUCCCGGAGGUCCAGUCACAUUUACUCCCGGAGGUCCAGUCGGAGGUCCAGUCACAUUUACUCCCGGAGGUCCAGUCACAUUUACUCCCGGAGGUCCAGUCACAUUUACUCCCGGAGGUCCAGUCGGAGGUCCAGUCACAUUUACUCCCGGAGGUCCAGUCACAUUUACUCCCGGAGGUCCAGUCGGAGGUCCAGUCGGAGGUCCAGUCGGAGGUCCAGUCACAUUGCAGCUAGCGCAACACUGAGGGAGUGUGCACCAUGCAGUGUGUGUGGGAUGAACAAGAGGCUUAUGAUGAGCUGCUGUACUGGGACUCACUGAUUCAGGAGGGACACACACUUCACCCCCGCGACUACAACAGGUAUGAGGAACUGCGGUACUGGUAUGAGUAUGUGUGUUAUGAAGAUAAACUGAGACAGUACCAUGCUUGUGUGGCUGAGAUGAAGCAGAGAGAAGCUGAAGUUCCUCCUGAUCCUGAGAAGCUGCUCCCUCAGCGCCUGUUUGUCAUUGAGGAUCGCCAUGUUAAGGCCAAACACGCCAGUGUGUAUCCAUGUGCUGAGGAGCUGCAGGCUGUGCAGAACAUGGUGUCCCACCUGGAGAAUGGACUGAAGACCGUUGCUAACUGGCUAAAUAGGCAAGAUGCUACAAGUGGGAGUAAUAAGCUACAGGGGGUACGGAGAGUGGGUUUGGUGGCAAAGGGUUUGUUGCUGAAGCAGGAUAUGGACCUGGAGCUUGUCUUGCUCUGCAGUGACACACCAACACUCAAACUACUGAACACCAUCACCAACAAACUUCAGGAAGUGAUGAAGGGCCAGAUGGAGGGCGAGUAUGUGAUCAGUCCGGUGGAUGAGGAUGCUGCUGUAACAGUGCAGACUGUAAAGGACCCGGUGCUGAACAUGAAGAUCCAUCUCACAUCCCCUGUUGUGAGGGAGCGGGUGGAGCAUGGGCGGGCCAGAGAAGCUCCGCCCGGCGCUCUGGACACAAACAAAUGCCUGGAGUCUCUCGCGUCUCUGCGCCACGCCAAGUGGUUCCAGGCUAAAGUUAACAACCUACACUCAAGUGUGAUUGUCAUUCGCAUCCUGAGAGACCUGUGUACCCGUGUCCCUACCUGGGCCCCACUCAAAGGAUGGGUAUUGGAGCUGCUGUGUGAACGAGCGAUAUCAACUAGUGACAGACCGAUGGGACCAGGAGAGGCUCUGAGAAGAGUACUGGAGUGUGUUGCAUCUGGAAUACUACUGGAAGAUGGUCCUGGUAUUUCUGACCCAUGUGAGAGGGCAGGUGUAGAUGCAAGCUGCCAUCUUACCCCCCAGCAGAGGGAGGACAUUACCCAGAGUGCACAGUUUGCUUUGCGGCUCAUGGCAUUUGGACAGAUCCACAAAGUGUUGGGGAUGAAUCGGCUGUCACCCAAAGUGGGGCACAUGUACAGCGACACACUCCUCUCUCAAACCACAGUGCCAGGACUGUGUGUGAUGAAGCGUCCAUUGGAUUCAGCCACAGAUGAAGAGUCAAGCAGCAGUAAAGUCCUUCGCAAAGAGAUUGUUAUCGAGCCCAGUAAUGCUGUGAUGAUGCUUAAUCAGCUGCAUCCGGGUUUGCUGUAUCGGCUCGUGUCCCAGACGGGUCCAGAACACAGUCCACACUUCACCAUGGCCAUUGAAGUGAAGGGCAAAACAUAUGAGGCAGCAGGACCAUCGAAGCGCAAUGCCAAACUGCUCGUCGCCCAAAAAGCCCUACAGGCUUUGGGUGUAGUGGUCACAGCCACAGAGACUACACCUACAACUGAUCAGAAAAAAGGUCAGGAGACUGUUGCCAUGGGAACCAACAGACCUGCAGCUAGCGGAGGGGAAGGAGCUGAGGCUACACUACAGGGAGGUCCAAUUCUCACUAAACAUGGAAAAAAUCCGGUCAUGGAGCUGAAUGAAAAGAGGCGGAGUCUUAAGUAUGAGGUCGUCUCUGUGAGAGGACGAUUUAAUGACAAGAUCUUCACUAUUGAGGUGGAAGUAGAUGGACAGAAGUUUCAAGGUUCAGGUUCUAAUAAGAAGUUAGCGAAGGCGAAUGCAGCUCUAGCUGCACUGGAGAAACUUUUUCCCAAUGACAAUCCUGAGAGCCAGAAGAAGAAGAAAUUCCCUCAAAUGGGAUAUGGUGGAAUGGGUGGAGUUUCAUAUAGUGCUGGGCGUGGCAGAGGAAGAGGGCGGGGUCGAGGAUUUAACAAUAAGGGCUCCACUUUUAAAGUGAGCAGUUCCUCUGGGUUCUCAGUGAGUGGUGAGUUGAACACUUCAGGUCCUCAGGAGGAACAGAGUGUGUCAGACACACAAAUACAGGUGUAUCAGGCCGUUCCCCCGCCCACCAGUGGCUACUACAGCCAGCACAGCCACGAGUACGGCCAGUACAGAAAGAACACACAGAACCUGAACCAUAACCCAAACCUGAACCAAAACUGUGGGCAGAACCAGGAGUCUCUUGUAGGACCUGAUUAUGGAUAUGGCUACCAGAAUACCCAGAACUACAACUAUGGGGCAUAUUCUAAUCAGUCCACAUUUGGGACAGGUGGAACUGGAGCAGAGAAUUUUGGGUAUCAACAGAGAGCCUACACCAACCUCGGGGGCUACAGCAGCAGUAACACUAACUACAGCUAUAAGUAAACACCCGUUCAGGGCCGGAGCUUCUCUUCACAAGCUGACAGUGAUCCCCUGGGGGUGGAGCUUCAUCCUGGCUUUACUAUACAGGAGAGUGGAUCUUCUUCUCAUCAUCAAACCCCAGCCUUGUCACCCAGGAGCUUUAUCUCUUACCACAUGCAUUAUGAAUCCAGAAGGUGGACUUUCCUCUGCUCCUAUUCACUCAGUAGUUCUGUAGGCAGAGCUUGGUCCAGCUUGCCUAAUAAAGACUGAUUCAUUUGUAGCUGGUGGUGGAGACUCGCUGCUCUGUUGAGUAAACAGUUAUUGUGCACGUUGCUGUUUGGCUUUAGAUUUUCUUCACUCUUCUCCUUAUUUUUUGUGUUUUUGUUCAUCAGUGUUGUUCUGGAGCAUUUGCACGUCCUCGCUGCCGUGUCUACGUUAGUGCAUCUUCAUUAGCGUGUCCUCUGAUAACCUCAGUGCUGAUGCGAGUGAUUCAGACUGACCAUGUGAAAAGAGGAAGUGCUCCAGCCUGUUUGUCCUCUGAGAAAUAUUUCUUAUUCUGUCCUUCCUUAGUGAGUGUGAUGUCGAAACCACCACACUUACUAACAUUAAUGCCUUUAAUUUUGAUGGUAGAAAUUUUAGUUUUGUUUCUCUUCCUUGUUUCUCUUCCUGUUUGUUUGAGUAACUGUGACUUUCAUCUAAGCUUAACACUGACUGAAUAAAAUGUUUUCUAUUUUUAAACCAAAAC